UGUAUUUGGAAGUGAACUUUAGUCUAUCCGCAAUUAAAAUGCUGAAAAAUGUCAAUAAAAACCUUUUAAAAAGAGUUUUUGGACCGCAAAAUGUUCGAUUUUGCUGUCAAAGUCACGAAUUUCAUCCGACAUACCUUCAAAAUUUGACAGAAGAUGAGAAAUUGAUGAAAGAAACUGUUCGAAAGUUUGCCCAAGAGCAAAUCGCUCCUUUAGUAAAACAAAUGGAAAAGGAAGAAAAGAUCGAUAGUACUUUGUUGAAAGCUAUGUUCGAUAACGGCUUUAUGGGAACCCAAGCUCCUGAAGAAUAUGGCGGAAGUGCUUCGAAUUUCAUGGUAAGCGUCUUAACAAUCGAAGAAAUUUCAAAAGUUGACGCGGGAGUUGCGGGUCCUGUUGACAUUCAAAGUACUUUAAUGAUCCCUCUGAUAAAGAAACUCGGAACAAAAGCUCAAAAAGACAAAUAUUUACCGCGAUUAGCUCAAGAUACUGUUGGAAGUUUCGCGUUAUCAGAAACAUCAUCUGGAUCGGAUGCUUUUGCUAUGAAAACUACAGCGAAAAAAGACGGAAAUUAUUACAUUUUAAACGGAUCAAAAUGUUGGAUAAGUCAUUCCGAUAUCGCGGAAAUUUUUAUCGUUUUCGUCAAUGCUGAUCCCGCAAAAGGUCAUAAAGGUAUCACAGCAUUUAUUGUUGAACGAGGAACAGAAGGAUUCACGAUUGGAAAGAAAAUAUCAAAACUAGGAGGUUUAUGUUCAAACAUCUGUGAGAUUCAUUUCGAAAAUUGCCGAGUACCUGAAGAAAACAUUCUCGGAGAAUUCGGUCAAGGAUACAGAUAUGCAGCUGAAUAUUUAAAUGAAGGUCGAGUCGGUAUCGCCGCACAAAUGGUAGGACUUGCUCAAGGAACUUUUGACGCUACAAUCCCUUAUUUACUCGAAAGAAAGCAAUUCGGUAAGGAUCUUUUCUCGUUUCAAGGCAUGCAACAUCAAAUAGCGAGAAUUUCAACACAAAUUGAGGCAGCAAGACUGUUAACUUAUAACGCAUGUCGUUUAGUUGACAGCGGAAAGCCAUUUUUGAAAGAAGCUUCAAUGGCAAAAUAUUUCGCGAGUGAAGUUGCGCAAGAAGCAACUAUUAAAUGUAUCGAUUGGAUGGGCGGAGUUGGUUUUACGAAAGAUUUCCCGCAAGAAAAGUUCUAUAGAGAUGUUAAAGCAGGAUCAAUUUACGAAGGAACUACAAAUAUUCAGUUAAAUACGAUCGCGAAGGUUAUUAAAAACGAAUACAAAUCAUGAAUUAUGUCAAAAGGGUACUUAAGAUAUGGAAUAAUGGAAAGCGAAUAAAA